CACAAAAUUUUGCAUUUGAAAGUGUCAUGUGCCAGAAACUAACUGGGACGUUCUCCUGGUGGAGAAGUUUUAAAGUCGAUAAGGUCACAACUAAACUACCACCAAGAAAGCUUUUGUCCGCUUUGAAGGUUUUCUUAAUUGUUCUCGUUUUCAUUUUCUUAUUUCUAAAGGACUUCUUUUCAAAUAGCUUCCAAGACGUGAGUGACCUUGUGAGAUGGAAUCUGGCGUUUUUCUAUCACUCAAAUGAUUAUACCCAUUCUUUAAGUUUUAAAAUACUAGAGGAAACAGAAACUCGUGUUUACUGCCUUUCUCACAUAGAAUAUCCUACCGUGUUAGAGUCAAAAGAACAUUCACAACAGGUUGACGUAUACAUUGGGCUACUUCUGCAUUCAAAUGAGAUAUCACUGGUUAGAAGUUGGGUGUCGGAAACAACAAAACUGUUAAAGAACUUAAUUGAACAAAAAUUAGACGUAUUUGUAAGUAUUAUAGAAGAUGCUGGGAAGCAAGACGUGAAGGAACAACUUCGGGACUUCUCAAGUUUCUUAAGGGAACUCAAAGUUGGUUAUCGCAUCAUACUGGGAAAAAGUUUUGUAGGGUAUCCUCAUCGCAUUUAUACUCUCAGUAGAAUACGAAAUUGUGUUCUUCUGCCUCUUAUUCUUCAGGAGAUAUCCGCGACUCAUGUACUAAUGUUCAAUGAUGUGACUUACCAGUUUGAAAGAGUUUUGGAUCUCAUUGUCGAUGGACAAAGCUAUGACAUGAAAUGUGGUAUUGAUUAUUUCAUUAACAAUGACAAGACUCUGCAACUGUAUGAUUUAUGGGUUAUGCGAAAUAUGGAUGGCGACAUUCCAAGAGCAAAAUAUCCCUUCUUUAAUAGAUUUGAUAGUGACAGGUUCGUCAGAAAACUCCCAUUUCGAGCUUACUGCUGCUGGGGUGGUAUCGCACUUCUGAAUGGAAGUCUCUUUCGGGAAGGAAUUCGUUUCAGAGGCCUUCCGAAUCUCGCUUCUAGCAGUUAUCAGAGUGAAGCAGAAUGCCCACAGUCUGAAAUCAACUUUUUUUGUGACGAUGUGUGGGAUAUAAGAGGAAAGGCAAACGUAUUCAUAUACUCAUCACUUUUCUCUGUCUACCGCUCAGAUGAAUUAGAGUCUGUUUCCUUGCACUUGAACAAGAUUCAAAAUCAAAAGGCACAAGGCGUUGCGGAAAUAUCCCCACCGCAACACAGGCCUAAGAAUAUUGUCUGCUGUCCCUGGAUAGAAGGUGUUACUAAUAUUGCCGGUGCAACUACAGUUUGUUAUUCCAACUAUCCCAUCUAUAAGCUCCCUGAAGGUCCUGUGUAAACAAAUAAAGAAUAUUUUUCACUAAAUAAAAUGUUCUUGUUAAAG